UCUAGUUAGACACUGGCGACACUAGAGCGUUGUGUUGGAUAAACAUAACAGAUAUCCGUGGACUCUCUCUUCGUCAAAGAUAAAGCUUUUUAGCCAGAGACCAUUUCCAGCUGCUGCUUUAGUAGAGCGAGAAAAAAAGGGGUAUAAAGGGCCUUUUGAAGAAAAUUAGGGUUUUACUUGGAAAUGCAGCGAUGUCUUGCGAGCUCUCAUUUCGAAACAAAGCAGCUCAUUUCGUCUCAGACCUCACCACUGUUCUCCUCAAUCCCAUCUCUGAUAUAGAGGAGAACGAAACAAAAAGUAGGCAGCACAUGUUCGAAGAAAAAGAUUUCAGAGAUGAAAUUGAUGGUCCAGAUACCUCCUCAUUUGGUGCAUUUCUUUACUCUCUGUUGUCUUCAGAAUCUGGCAGUGAUAGUGGAGAUAAGCGCCAGGAACAUAAUGCUGGAAUGACAGAAUCAGCAUCAAAUCUAGGGACUCAGGCAAUUGGUAAGAAAAAGACACUGAUUUCGAGAGGCAAGCAUUCUAUUGGUAGAGCUAUUUCACGUGUAAUGAAAAUAGACAAACAUAGAGAUGAAGGCAUAGAUCAAAGAAUUGGCUGUUGUGGUGAAAGUGGUGAUAAAAAUGGUGACAAAUCUGUACAAUAUGGUAAAAAGCCUGUGCAUACAGCUGCCAUGGGAGCAGAGGAAGCCCUUCCAGAUAUUUCUGAGCCUUCAUUGCUUCUUUCAGAAAGGAGUCGAACUAUCCUUUGUUCCUCAUUGCCUAAACUUGUUUGUGGCAGCAUGUGGGUCCUGAUUUAUAGUACUUGGAGGCAUGGGAUAUCGCUUUCAAGUCUCUACAGGAGAAGCACGCUGUGUCCUGGGUACUGUAUGCUGGUUGUGGGGGACCGAAAGGGUGCAGUAUUUGGCGGUUUAGUUGAGGCUCCAUUGAGACCAACGAAUAAGAGAAAGUACCAGGGAACGACAAAUGCUUUUGUUUUCAGUGAUGUAUCUAGUUCUCCAGUUGUGUUUCGCCCAACUGGUAUUAAUCGUUAUUUCACUCUAUGCUCGACCGACUUCCUAGCACUGGGUGGUGGUGGCCAUUUUGCUUUGUACUUAGAAGAAGACUUGUUGCAUGGGUCCAGCUCUGCUUCAGAGACAUUUGGGAACUCAUGUCUAGCCCACACCCAAGACUUUGAGGUGAAGGAGGUUGAGCUGUGGGGUUUCAGAUACACUUCGAAACAUGGGGAAAGGGUUUCAUUUGACCGUUUGGAUGAGCCCCCAGGAAUUUGCAGAUGGUGAUUGUGUAUUGCUAAUAUGUGAGAUCUGAUAUGAUGUGUCUUGCUUUGUACAUGUGAUUUAGUGAUGCAUAUGUAUAUAUGGGGUAUCGUAUUCUAACUUUUGUCCAUGGAAAUGGACAAUUAAAUGACCAGCCUUCCUAGUCUCAGAAACCUCACUUUUUUCAUUUUAACUGCUAAUAGCCAGUUAUUGUACAAUUUGGAGUUGGGCACUGUAAGAUACUGUUUGCUGCCUCCUAUCGAAGCUUAAAGGAAAAUGCGUUGAUUGUGUAAUGCUCAGUUA